AUGAAGCUUUUUGGUCUUCUCGCAAUCGCAACCGCCGUCAACGCUGCUACUUCUUUCAACUUGUUCUCCUCGAAAGAAGGCUCUCGCUAUGAUGGUAAACAUAUUCUUAACCGCCCUGACAACAUCGAGGUAGGUGACGGCGACGGCAUCAGUUUCGUUCUUAACGAUGAUGGUUCGCUUGUUGACGCUCCUGCUGGAAAGUAUGUCAACUUCAAGAGCGACCUCGCUUACCUUGGUGUUGAUCAUAUCAAGGACUUCUCCAUCAACGAUGGUAAGUUGCAAUACAAGGGAGAAAGCAAGUGGUACGGCUGCCCAGGUAUCAACAAUGCUCUCGGUUACGAUACCAAGUGUGGUGACAGAGAUGGCUUUGACCUUGUGGUUUACAACCAGGGCAAUUGUGACAAUGUGUACCCUGGAGUGAAGUCGCCAUUCUACUUGAAGGCUUGGAGUACAGAUGGCUCUAAAUUCCAGAACACCCCAAUCAAAAAGGUCGAAAGCCACGCACACGUCUUUGCUGUUGGAGGUGACGACGGAAAGGACGUGAUCUUGAACUUCCAGGAUGACGACACUUCCUUGUCUGACCAAGACGGAAGAGGCGUCAAGCACGACUCUGACACCGGCGAGGUCGGCAAUGUCGCUCCAUUUGGCCGUGAAGCUGCCACUCCUGGCUUCUCUAUUGACGGUGACCACUUGGUUUUCGAGAACAGAGACGAAUGGAGAGCUUGCCCAAGCGGUGAUGACAAGUACUCUUUGGCAGACAACGACUGUGAAGGUGGUACUCCAAUUGUUUUGCAGGUGGUGUGGAAGGCAGAGCUCCUCUCUACAAAAAAAGGUCACUGA